AUGGCAUCGUCGAUCAAGCGCCAGGCGUCUGACUCUUUCUCAGGAAAUCAGGCAUUGGUGAAGAGACAGAAAUCUAGCAAUGAUUUGCGCCAUGACUCUGCACUCGUUGUCGGACGUGGUGUCGGCAAUCAAUCUGGCAGUCUCAUUCAGUCAGUUACGAGAACGAGCGGAUUGCAAGCCCCAAUCAUGGAACUGACUGGACAUUCCGGAGAAGUUUUUACGACACGAUUCGACCCCUCAGGAGCACACAUAGCGUCAGGCUCAAUGGACAGGUCAAUAAUGCUGUGGAACACAUACGGUCAGUGUGAAAAUUAUGGUAUGAUGACUGGUCACAAAGGAGCCGUGCUGGAUCUACAAUGGUCGCGCGAUUCUAAUUUCAUAUUCUCUGCUUCUGCGGAUAUGACAAUAGCAAGCUGGGACCUUGAAACAGGCCUGCGAAUACGCAAACAUCAAGGUCACGAAGACGUUGUGAACUGCAUCGAUCUGGCCAGGCGAGGUCAAGAACUAUUGAUAAGCGGCAGCGAUGAUGGUACUAUAGGCAUAUGGGAUCCACGACAGAAGAGCGCGGUCGACUAUCUGGAAACAACCUACCCAGUAACAGCGGUUGCUCUCGCCGAAGCUGGAAAUGAGCUUUACUCUGGAGGGGUGGAUAACAAAAUUCAAGUCUGGGAUGCGAGAAAAAUGCAGGUCUCCUACACAAUGAAUGGCCAUAACGAUAUUGUCACCUCACUCGAAGUCUCUCCGGACGGGCAAAGCUUACUUUCCAAUUCGAUGGAUUCCACUGUCAAGACAUGGGACAUUAGACCUUUCGCUCCUGCAGAUAGAUCUAUCCGAACAUAUGACGGUGCACCUGCUGGAUUUGAGAAGAAUUUACUGAGAGCUAGUUGGAGCCCUCGUGGUGACAAAAUCUGUGCUGGUUCUGGUGACAGAACAGUUGUGGUAUGGGAGACUAGGACUGCUAAGCUGUUAUACAAAUUGCCGGGUCACAAAGGCACAGUCAACGAUGUGCGUUUCUCGCCUUCAGAGGAACCAAUCAUCGUAUCUGGCUCUACUGACCGCAGUCUACUGCUCGGUGAGCUUGGCAGAUGA